ACUAUGCGGUCUCUAUCCCAUUAGCACGAGCCUUGUCUUUCCUUAUAUAUAUACUAGAGAGAUUUACACAAGUAAACUCACUCUCUCUUCCUCUCUCUCUCUCUCUCACUCUCCCCCACACCCCACUCUCUGACUCUCUCUCUGUACAUGCAGCAGCCAUUUCCUCAGCAGCCAAAUUAGCAAAAUGAAGAUGGUAGAGAUAGUGUUGAGACAUGAGAUGUUACUAGUACUAGCUAUUGUGAUUUCUUCAGCUUUUACAUUGGCAGCCAAAGAAGCAAGUUUACUAAGCCCCUCAGCUCUAGAAUUGUUCGUGGACGAGCUUCCAGAUAUGCCCAGAAUCUCUGGCUUCGAUGUUGUCAAUGGCGUUUCCGUUCCCAAGUCCCUCAAGAUUGGCAUGUUCAGCAAGAAAUGGAAAUUUCACAGAGACUUGCCAGCAACUACUGUGUUUGCUUAUGGCGAGUCCAAGAGCACAGCCACCGUCCCUGGUCCCACAAUCGAGACCCUACACGGUGUCGACACAUAUGUGACCUGGCAAAAUCACCUCCCUUCGAAGCACAUACUUCCGUGGGACCCCACUAUUCCGACUGCCAUGUCACCUUCCAACAAGGGUAUCCCAACAGUAGUCCACCUCCACGGUGGCAUUGAUGAGCCAGAGAGCGAUGGACAUGCCUACUCAUGGUUCACAUCUGGAUUCAAAGCUCGCGGCCCAGCUUGGACUAAGAAAAAAUAUCACUAUCACAAUAAUCAACAACCGGGGAAUUUAUGGUACCAUGAUCACGCAAUGGGCUUAACCAGAGUCAAUCUUCUAGCUGGCUUAAUCGGAUCAUAUAUUAUUCGUGAUCACAAAGUCGAGGCGCCACUUAAUUUACCAAGCGGAUUGGAAUAUGAUCGACCAUUGAUUAUAUUUGAUCGUAGUUUUCGGACAGAUGGCUCACUGUACAUGAAUCCAACAGGCAAUAACCCAACCAUACAUCCGCAAUGGCAGCCUGAAUAUUUUGGCGACGCUAUCAUUGUCAAUGGCAAAGCAUGGCCUCACAUGACUGUAAAGAGGAGAAAAUACAGAUUUCGCAUCAUCAAUGCAAGCAACGCGAGAUUUUUCAGAUUUUUCUUCACCAACGGCCUCAAGUUCAUCCAUGUGGCAUCUGACUCGGUAUACAAUGAACGUCCAGUUGUGGUGAAUAAGUUACUUCUGGCUCCAUCCGAAAUUGCUGAUGUGGUGAUUGACUUUUCCAAAUCGACAUCUGAUUCAACCAUUUUAUCUAAUGACGCAGCAUAUCCUUUCCCAUCUGGCGACCCUGUCAACGAAAUCAACAGCAAGGUCAUGAAAUUUACUAUCAAAACACGUCAGGAAAACGACACGAGUACUAUUCCUAACCAUUUGAUCAACUAUCCAAUGCCGAAACUAUCCUCUGCUUCACGGACACGAUACAUUGCCAUGUACGAGUACGCCAGCCCGAUUGAUGAGCCAACUCAUUUGAACCUGAACAACAAAUCUUUCGAAGAACCUACAACCGAAAAACCUAAAGUAGGGUCCACGGAGAUAUGGUAUGUCAUCAAUCUGACAGAGGAUAAUCAUCCAUUACAUAUUCACAUAGGUUUGUUUAAGGUUUUGGAGCAGACGGAGCUGUUAGAUGUGGAACAAUUCAGAGAUUGUAUGACGAAAGUGAACGACGCGAUCAAGUGCCAGAUAAGCAAGUAUGCACGUGGAAAGAAAUUAGCUGUGGUGGCUCACGAGAGAGGGUGGAAGAAUGUGUAUAAGAUGACACCAGGAGUUGUUACAAAGAUUGUGGUGAAAUUUUCUUAUGUGCAUACAAAUGAAUCGUAUCCUUUCGAUGCAACUGCAGAGCCCGGUUAUGUCUACCAUUGCCACAUACUGGACCAUGAAGACAAUGUGAUGAUGAGGCCCUUGAAGUUUGUUCAUUGAGAAAUCUUUUGGCCUCAGAUAUACUUAUACUAGUACAUUUUGUGUUCUGCUGCAGAUAUAAGUUGCUACAUUAUGGACAUUAAAAGAAGAAUUAGGAUGUUUAUGUAAUCUUGGAUUAAUUUUAGUAGUGGUUUUCGAGUGCUUAUAUUGUUGUCUGUUAAUCGAUUGCUCUGAACCAACUUGAAGUUUCGUAUACCGGAUGUUGAAAGAAAAUAAAUAACACAGUCAGUUGGAGAAUUAUUUUGGUGCUGAGACAGAUACCAGAGAGCGAGUACCCUGUUUAGAGCUGUACUGGAUAUUAAAAUUUUGGUUUAUAUAUUUUAUUUAGUACCAGUUGAUAA